AUGAAAAAAGUGCAGGCUACAACUCCCGUUGUUGAUGAAAUAUUACGCGAUUACGAGAGUAAAGCUCCAAUAUGGUUUCGUUGGACAGCGACAAUAGUUGAACAUUUAUUUAAUUUAAUUAUGUUGAUAACACUUUAUGGACGAUAUUUAUGGUUGAAAUUUGUACAAAAAAGCAGACCAUUAUCUUUUAGAAAUGAUACAGUUUUAAUAACAGGAGCUGGUGGAUGUCUUGGUCGUGCAUUAGCUAUUGAAUUCGCCAAAGAAUGUAAAUGUUUGGCACUAUUAGAUAUACAAAAGAAACCAUUAGACGACUUAAAACAUGAAUUAAUGAUGAUCUAUGGAAAAGAUCAUGUUAAAAUCACAACACACAAAUGUGAUUUAAGCGAUUUGAAUGGUUUGAAGUUUACAUUGACGGCUAUUCGUGAAGAAGUUGGUGGAAUAUCAGUUCUUGUUAAUAAUGCUGGAUAUGGAUGCUUCAAAGAACUAUUAAGUCAUACAGAUGACGAAAUUCAACAUACAUUGAUCGUUAAUACACUUGCACCAAUGUUGAUAACAAAAGAUUUAUUAGGUGAUAUGAUCAAACGAAAUCAUGGUCAUAUUAUUAAUAUUGCAAGUAGUGAAGGUUUAACUGGGAGUGCUUAUAGUGCAAGUUAUUCAGCAUCAAAAGCAGCAUUGAUUAAUUUUACGGAAACAAUCAAUCAAGAAUUGAUUCUUGCUAAAGUUUAUGGUGUUCGUGCAACAUCUGUUAUCCCAUUUAAUAUAGAUGGAGGUGUUUAUAAUAGUUUAAGAAAAUUUGGUAAAGAAAUUGUCUUGGGUAAUCCUCCAUUAAGAUUUGAUUAUGUUGCACGACGUGUCAUGUAUGGACUUAAACGUCGACAAAAUCCAAUUUUACUUCCACGUUUUCAAUUGCGAAUGCUAUAUAUUUUACGAUCAAUUGUUCCUGAAGAAAUUUUGCAUCCAUUUUUAUUACAUAUGUUGGGUCGUUUACCGAUUAAACAUGACCAUCAUACGAGUUUAUUAAGUAAAAUUGAAUAG